AUGCUUGCGACAUGGCCGCGCGCAUUGAUUGCCAAGAUUGACAGCAGCUCUCCGCCGUCUUCUUCUCCUUCUUCUCCUUCUUCUUAUUCUUCUUCUGUCCUUGUUUUCUCUUGUGCACUCCAGCGGGGACAAUUCCGUAGCAUAUUUUCUUCUUGACAGUUUGAACUUGGUCUCCCCUCCGCGUUCGGCUUUCCACUUUUAUACUUGCUUUUUUUUGUUUUGUUUUGUUUUGUGUUUUUUCUUUCGGCGAGACUGAUUUCAUUUGUCCCUUUUGCGCGUUUCGUUUUUGGGAUACGACGUGGGACAGCGAGGUUGAGGGGACGACCCGCGUGGUUCAAAUCGAGAGACAAUACACAACUUUGGACACGCAAGACUGCGCUGCUUUCUGCUUCUAGAGUGGUGUGUUGGUCUGAAAAGGGAAAAAAACAACAACAAACAACCACAACAACAAAAAACGACAACAAAAAACUUCUGUUCUGCGAAAUAGACGACUGAAAAAACUGCCUGCGCGUGGCUCAGCGGAAACACCGUGCCGUCCCUCGCGCGCGCUGUGCACGUCGUGCCGUUUCCUGUAACCGAAACGUUUGUCGCUUAUGGUGCAGGUCAUUUUCAUGAAUUCAUCAAACUCCACUAAGAAGUGAUCUGGGAGUCGGUCUGGUCUAAACUCGCACUGUUUACAACCCAAAUGCUGAACAUGGAGGGCUUUCUGCGUAGCAGCUUUUUACUGAGCAGAAUCAUGUCUUCCAAACAAGCCACCUCUCCGUUUGCCUCGGGUGCGGACGUCGGCGAGGACGGAACGGGUCAGGAGCGUCUGGUUUGGGAGAAGGACGAAGGCACGGACCCGCUGGCAGCGCCGCAGCUGCCGAUUCACAACCUGCUGCACGGCAAGAUGCACGGCGAGGAACUGCCGCCCGUUAGCAGCAGCGUGCCGCCGGAAUCCGACUGGGACAGCCUGGUGUCGGCCCAGCAGCGCAUGGAGUCAGACAGCAAUAAAGUAUGUUCCCUGUACUCCUUCCGGAAUAACUCUACCUCUCCGCACAAGCCGGAGGAGGGGGCACGGGAGCGAGGUGACCUGCUGGGAGCCUCCGCCUUCGGAACGCCGGAGCGCCGCAAAGGGAGCCUGGCCGACGUGGUGGACACGCUGAAGCAGAAGAAGCUGGAGGAGAUGACAAAGACAGAGCAAGACGAAACGUCCUGCAUGGAGAAACUGCUUUCUAAAGAGUGGAAGGAGAAAAUGGAGAGACUGAACACGAGCGAGCUUCUGGGAGAAAUACAAGGUACUCCAGAAAGUCUGGCUGAGAAAGAGAGGCAGCUUUCGACGAUGAUCACACAGCUGAUUAGCCUGAGAGAGCAGCUCCUGGCCGCCCACGACGAGCAGAAGAAGCUGGCCGCCUCGCAGAUGGAAAAGCAGCGGCAGCAAAUGGAGCUGGCACGGCAGCAGCAAGAACAAAUCGCCAGACAGCAGCAGCAACUUCUUCAGCAGCAGCACAAAAUCAAUCUCCUUCAGCAGCAGAUUCAGGUCCAGGGUCACAUGCCUCCUCUCAUGAUCCCCAUUUUUCCACACGACCAGCGCACCCUGGCCGCUGCCGCCGCCGCCCAGCAGGGCUUCCUCUUCCCCCCAGGCAUGUCCUACAAACCAGGUGAUAACUACCCGGUGCAGUUCAUUCCUUCCACAAUGGCAGCUGCCGCCGCGUCAGGACUCAAUCCUCUUCAGCUCCAGCAACUGUACGCCGCCCAGCUGGCCAGCAUGCAGCUCUCUCCAGGAGCCAAGAUGGCGCCACUGCCCCAGCCACCUAAUUCUGCAGGUCCACUCUCACCUGGCCCCAAAAGUGAGAAGAGGUCCUCUAGCCCACUGGGCCAAGUCAAGGAGGAGGGAACGCAGCCCUUAAACCUCUCGGCCCGGCCUAAGACAGCUGAGCCGGUGAAAUCCCCCAUGUCCCCGACACACAGCCUGUUCCCGGGCAGCAAGAACAGUCCGAACAGCCAGCCCAAGAGUGGCGGCAUCCCCAGUCCGCUCGGCCUGGGUCGAGGUUCGUCUCUUGAUAUCUUGUCUAACCUGAACUCCACGGCACUAUUUGGAGACCAGGAUGCUGUGAUGAAGGCCAUCCAGGAGGCGAGGAAGAUGAGGGAGCAGAUCCAACGUGAGCAGCUGCAGCAACACCAACAUGGCAUGGAGGCUAAACUCUCGGCUCUCACAGGCCUCGGUCUGCCCAACUGCAGGGCUGACAAGGACCGAGUCCACUUCGAAAGUCUGGGGCAUCAUCUGGGGAAACUGGGAGAUGAUGGAAAGCUGGGACAGAGAGUCAUCGACCUGACCAGGCCAGAGGAUCUAGACGGAGGCGCCAGCACCACCGAAGCCCGGGUCUUCAGGGAAUCGCGAGGACGAAACCCCAACGAGCCGCACAUCAAGCGACCCAUGAACGCCUUCAUGGUGUGGGCCAAGGACGAGCGCCGCAAAAUCCUGCAGGCUUUCCCGGACAUGCACAACUCCAACAUCAGCAAAAUCCUGGGCUCGCGCUGGAAGGCCAUGUCGAACCAGGAGAAGCAGCCGUACUACGAGGAGCAGGCUCGUCUGAGCAAGAUCCACCUGGAGAAAUACCCCAACUAUAAGUACAAGCCUCGGCCCAAGCGCACGUGUAUCAUCGACGGCAAGAAGCUGCGCAUCAGCGAGUACAAGCAGAUGAUGCGCUCGCGGAGGCAGGAAAUGCGCCAGUUCUUCACCGUGGGGCAGCAGCCCCAGACUCAGCUCCCGAUCAGCAGCAGCGCGGGUGUCGUCUACCCCGGAGCCAUCAGCAUGACCUCGGACUGCUCGAGCAACUCUGCCAGCCCAGAGCCCACCGUGCCCGUCAUCCAGAGCACCUUCGGUUUGAAGAUGGAGCCCAGCAUGCCCAGCGUUGUGCCCAGCGAGCCGGUCAACGGCGAGGACGACAUGGACAUGUACGAGGACUUCGAGGACGAGCCCAAAUCGGACUACAGCAGUGAGAACGAGGCGCAGGAGCCCGUCAGCGCCAACUGAGGCUUUCGCUCACAACGGCGGAUAGAAGGAGGAGUACUGAAGGAGGACGAGGAUGAAAAAAAAAAAAAAAACUACAGAACAAAUUUUAAAAAAGAGAGAGAAAAGAAAACUUGUUUCUGAUAAUAUAUCCCUUAGGAGCCUGCAUGCACGUGUGGCUCUGCAGCUUCAUCAGCUCUUUGGUCUUAAAUGUUUCUUCGAGUGUGAAGCAGUUUGAUUGUGUUUUAUUGUUUUCUUUUCAACUUUUUAUUUUGAAUUCUUAUUUGAUCAUGGAUGUGUACACAAAUUGACCUGUAAAGUUACAGAGGGCAGGACUUGAAACACAAUUAUAGCUCUCACAGUCUUACAUAAAUAUAUAUAUAUUUUUUUUUGUUAUACUUUUUUUUUUUAGAUCACUGUUUUUGACGGGGUUCUGUAUUUCUCUCAGGUAUGCUGUGCCAGCCAACAGCUCGUGAAUGUUUUAUUUGAGUUGAGUUAUUUAAAAAAUAAGCAAGAAGACAGCAGAACAACAGCAACAACAAUAUAAAGAUAUAAAAAAAUUGAAGAUGGAACACAAAACUGCCCCUCCUUUUAUCACUUAACUUAUCUUAGCUUAUUUUAUCUUAUCUUAAAGCUCUUCUUAAAAACCAUGUCAAUGCAAGCCAGGUCCAACUCGAGCGUUGGCUUCCUUAUACGUGAUCUUAAAUCUCCAAGUCUUAAAGGAGAGACUUCACGAGUCUUAGACAAUCCUCUGGAAUUUUAUCGAAUGAGAAAAACGACCUUUUUUCCGCGUCUUUCCCUCUUCUUGAAGCACUCAGGAAUUUUAAAGGCGGUGUUAGAGUUGCUGGAUUUUAUUAAGGAGAUCUGAAAGUCCCUGUUCGGUGCUGGAGGUGCAGCGCGGUGAUCAUGCAGCCUGUCUUGUCCUUCGCUUCAGUCUUACACCCACAACGUUCUUAAUCAAACAGAUUGGCCAGCGUGCCAAAGCGGGGCCAAAGGCAUCCAAUCUGCGGAAUUGAAACGGCAGCAAAAGGCAGCUGCGGUGGCAUUACUAUCACAAAAUUGCUGUUCUACAAUACAUGCUGGCCUUUUUUUUUUUUUUUCACAGCAGCAAGUCCAUAAGGGCUCUCUGUCACCGUUAAGGCCUUCGGGAGUCAUAAACCUUAAUCGACACGAAAAAGUCUUAAAGCAGGGCGUUAAACAAGUCUUAAAGAAAUGAGAAGUUUUUUUCUGGGACGGAUUAAGGAAACAUGGUGCUUAUUAAUGAUGGGAAAAAUACUUUUAGAGCACAACAGCUCUGUGCGGAAAUUCUGGAUUCUGAUUGGUCUGAUUGGUGGUGUUGAUUCAUUUUCUAUAACAGCAGCCAUGACAAUAGUGCAGGUUUAUAUUCAUGUGCUCGUUUUAGAUACUGAUUUUUAUUAUAAUUAUAAAAUUUUUUAAUGGCCCCUUAACGUCGCACGGUGGGGUAGUUGUUAGCACCAUCGCUUCUCCAGGGUCUGUGUACAUGGAGUUCGCAUGUUCUUUCCUGCAGUCUAAAGAUCUGCAGAUUAGGCCCAUAGUGUUUGGGUGAGUGCGGCCUGGCACCCCACCCAGGGCGUACCCCACCUAGCGCCCCAAGUCUCCUGGGAUAGACUCCUCGCCCUCCGUGACCCCGUAUGUAGAGAACAAGUAAGUGAGAGUGUUCCUUAAGCAGCCUGUAUAUAUAAUGAUUAGCAUUUAUGGAAGGAGUCUCCAAUGCAAGAAGUGAAUAUUUAUGCUUCUUCGCAGUGUCUCUGUGACAAAUGCAAGGAGCUGCAUGUUUUUCUUGUCCUAUUAACUUCAGGGAGGGAACGACUGUUUACAGCUGCUAUAACGUAAGUGAGAACUUGCAUCCAGAAUGUUAAAGGGCUAAAUCGAGCAUGAUGAUAGUGUUGAUAAUAUGUAAUAACGAAACUCUUAAGGAAGUGCCGUUAUGGAAAAAGAAUCAACCCGAGAGCGAGAAGCCCGUCAUGUCACCGCCUCGCGCCUCGAGAGGCCGCCAUCUGGACUCCGGGUCAGGACUCGACGUCUGCGGAAAACAAUGCGGACAGGAGGGAGGGAGGGAGAGAGAGGGAGAGAGAGGGAGUUAAGGAGGGAGCGGAUCGGUGAUUGUGCUCGUUCCAUCAAAGUGCAGCAGAAAUCCAUGAGGUGCUGGCGAGCAGAUGGAACAAGUAGAUCAAGCUGUGGGAGAUUAUUAAAAUGACUGACGAGUCCGUAUCAUCUGAAACACGCCAUUAUUAAUGCAUGAGGCUCGCUAUUUUCCUCUUGCCCUUGAACCUGUCUUAUUUUUUUUUAUUAUUUAUUUAUUUUAUUUCCAUUAGCAACACGCGCCAUUACCGCUGGGCUGAUGAGCUGCUGGUCACCGCCUGGCCUUCUCAAGGUCGGAAAUAGAAAAAGGAGUUUAGUAAUUAUAAUUUGAAGAAAAAAGGAAAAAAGUGAAAUAUCUUAAAGCGCUUAUUUACUUUCCUUCUAGCAUUAACAGUUUUUACAAAUGCCCCUUAAACAGAGAAGCAUUGACUUCGAGCCUUAGAAGUCUCUUAAGCACUUCUGUAAUCUCAAAAAUCUUGUACUUUUAGCUUGUUGUGUUUUUUUUUUUUCCUCAUGAGGUACGACGCUAGGACUAUCCUAAAUGAGUUUUUUUUUUUUCUUCCCUCAGUAUAGGUGUCUUGUUUAAAUCUUGUUUCCUAUCUGUUUGCUGGUAGAUUGAGUUGUGGGUGUUUUGUACAUAUUUUUCUUGACCACGCCAAACUGAGUUUUCUGGGCUGGUGGUAGACAAGAGGACUGUUGUCAGGACUGAAACUUGAUCAUGCUGGUGGUGUAAUAGGGGUGAGAGAGAGAGAGAGAGAGAGAGAGGAUUUCGGUCACAUACAGAGUUUCAUAAGUGUUACAAGCACUGGAUAUAAAUGGUAUUUUUUAUCGAUUCUGAUUAAUGUGAAGAAAAAAAUCCACACGAACAAUAGUGACUUGUUUGGACUUGCCAGAUUUGAGUCAUUGUUUAUAAGUUUUUUUUUAACUAUUAUUAUUAUUAUUAUUAUUAUUAUUAUUAUUAUUUGUGUUCUUUUUUUUCUUUUCUUUUUUCGACUUGUUUUUAAUUUAUGCAAAGACACGUGAUAAACGAAGAGUUUUUUUUUUGUUUUUUUUUUUGUUUUUUCGUUCGAGCUCCAGUGCUGCCUAAGGGAGAUAACGAGCAUUAAACUCGACAGAAGGCUCACGUAAGAGACUGAUCAGCCAAGACACACCGGACUUCAAUCGUGCAUCUUUAACGCUCAUGUACCUUUGUGUUUGUAUAUUGUAUUUGAACCCUAUAUAGUGCAUAUAGACUUUUAUUGUAUUUAUUAGCCGUAACUGGCUAUAAAAAAAAAUGUCGGUAGAACUUAAUAAAAAGGACAAUCAGAGAAAAUACAGUGACGCUGAAUUGGAAGUCAAAAUUCUUUUUUUUUUUUUUUGGGAUAAAUUUACCAUCUCAUUCUUUUUUUUUUUCUCUCCAAAAUUGUAAAUAUAACAUAGAAAAACAUAGAACAACAGAUUUCUAUUUUUGUUCAUGGAUACUUACUGAAGUAUAAGUUUAAUGUAUUUGACCUAUGUUGUUGCUUCCUUUUUUUUUUUCUUUUCUUUUUUUUUAUAUAAAAAAAUUGUGUUUGUGUAUGUCGGUCAGUCGUCCUUUAGAAAAAAAAGAGAAAAAGAAGAAGAAGAAAAAAGAGAAGGAGAAAAAGAAUCAAAACUAGACAAGUCACUGUACCUCAUGUAGAUGCUGAACUCAGUCCCUGUUGAUCAGACAGUAUCGGAUACGACUCAUGCAGACGAGGAACCGCUCGAGAGAGAUCCGAAGUGAGGUUCCGGCUAAAAGCUCGGCCCAUGAGGAUGAACAAAUAUUUAUUAUUAUUAUUAUUAUUAUCGUCGUUGCUUUUUUUUAUGCUGAAUAAGAUGGACACAUUCUUUGCAUUUUUAUGUCUUCGUAGAGUUUGAUUUCAAAUCGUUGUUUUCUUUCAGCUUUUCAGCAGCUGCAGUCCAUUUGGUGUUUCGAUUUCGUUCGUUCUUAUCACUGCCAUUUUUUAUGCAAAUUAGAUACAACUGAAGACAAAAAUGCAUAUGCUGUUUCUACUUAUCUUACUGUAAUUCUGUUUUUUAGUCAUUAGACUUUAAUCAUGUAUAUUGUGUUUUUUAAUUUUUUUAUUUUUAUUUUGCUAAUUUAAUCAGCACAAUUCACUGACAUGCUGGACUGAAAUGCUAGCUGCUGUUCAAAAGAGUCCUUUUUGUUUUAGUUGUCAUUGCAGUGGUACUUUCUAGUUCCUUGUCUCUCAAAGCAACACUGUGCGCAGCCCAUCGAACGCCCGGGCCGCUCUCGCGUCGAACCCCGCUGGCAGCCGGACACUUUUUUUUUUUUGGUUUUUUUUUUUUUUUGUGCGUUUAGUACCCGGUUUCUCGCCAGGUAUCUUUCGGGACAUUGUUAGAAAUAUAGAACUAGCGUGCUGCUUAAUUAAAAACAAAAACAAACAAAAAAAAGGUCUAAAAAUGUAAAUAGUUUAUCAUAUCUUGUACAGUCCAGUGUAAAGUUUUUAAUUGAACUUAAAGGUUGCCAUCACACACGUGUUCACUUUUUUUCUUUUCUUUAUACAGAACGAAACAGUAUAAAAGACGGCAAUUUCGCUAAGGGUAUUAUUGUUAAAAAAAAAAUACAAAAAGGUACUAAAAAUAUUUUCUGCUUGGCUUCAGUAUGUAAACCAGCAACUUCUUGUUUUUUUUUUGUUUGUUUGUUUGUUUUUUCUUCCAUGUGCAGUAUUGACGUGAGGUAAACUAAAUUAAUUCUACAGUCGUAUGUUUCAGAGACGAGUCUUCUCUCUGUAAUGGUAGUAUUAAUAUAAAUAAUAAUAAUAAAAAAAGAUCCAGAUGAGUGACGCAUUUUGGUUUAUUUAGGCACCUUAGUGGAUUGUACAAUUCUCUACGCCGCUCUCCAAACAGGAGGCGUCUUUAUUUUGGGUUUUUCUUUGUUUGUUUGUUUGUUUGUUUGUUUGUUUAUUUGCCAUAAAGUUGUAAAGUAAUGACAUUUCUACAGUAUACUCGAUACAUUUGAUGUACAAUGGCAGAAGAGGGAGUUCCUGUCUGUUUUAGCUCAUUUACCUCAAGAGUGUCCUCUUUUAUUUCAUAAAAACAGUACAGUACACACACACACACACACACACACACAAACACACACGCAUACAGCCAGAAACUCGUCUCACCAUCACUCCAUCUUUUGUACUGCUGUUGACACUUACAAAUUAAAG